AUGGAAAAGUUGGUUUCAAGUUGGUAUAACACUGUGAAAUCUGUACCCCAAGACUAUGUCUUCCCUGAGGAUACAAGACCGGGGGACAAAAUAGUUCCUAUCUUAGAGAACUGUCCGAUUAUCGAUCUUGAAGAAAAAGUUCCUGGUGAUCGGAAUGAUAUCAUUCAACAAGUUCUUCAAGCUUCCCAAGAAUAUGGAUUAUUUCAGGUUAUCAACCAUGGGGUUUGUGGGGAUCUGAUCAAAGAUACAAUGAGAAUGGCUAAAGAGUUCUUUAACAUGCCGAAUGAAGAAAAAGCAAGUCUAUACUCGCUCGAUCCUCAAAAAAGUUGUAGACUAUAUACAUCCAGUUUCGAUUAUGCUAAAGAGUCGAUCCAUGUAUGGAGAGAUGUUCUAAAACAUCGUUGUCAUCCAUUAGAAGAUUGGGUUGAUUCAUGGCCCAAAAAGCCUUCCAAAUACAGAGAUGUUUUGGGGACGUAUUCAGUUGAAGUAAGGAAUUUGUCGUUAAGAAUACUAGAGAUGAUUCGUGAAGGACUCGACCUCAAGCCCGGAUACUUUGGGGAUGAACUGACAGACGUUCAGACGUUAUUGUUGAGCCACUACCCACCAUGCCCUGACCCGAGUUUGGCUUUAGGAAUAUUAAAACAUUGUGACCCUUAUAUCAUAACGAUUCUUUAUCAAGGAAAUACGUGUGGCCUUCAAGUAAUGAAGGAUGGACAAUGGUUUGGGGUCAAACCAGUUGCUAACGCUUUUGUGGUCAACAUUGGUCAACUACUGAAGGUUGUUAGUAACGGAAAGCUUGAAAGUGUAGAGCAUAGAGUUGUUACAAACUCAAAAGUGCCAAGGUACACUAUUACUAGCUUCAUCGGCACUUGUAGCGAUACUGUAAUUGAACCUGCGAAGGUGCUCCUUGAGAAAGAUGAUUGUCGCCCUCUUUAUCGGGCCUUUAGUUACAAAGAGUUUCUCCAGGCAAACCAAGAACAUCGAGGCGAGGGUGAAGCUACGCUCAAAGUGUUUAAGAUUGAGGGUUAA